UGUGGCUACUCGACGAUUCUGUAGUUUUGGUUUGGAGGAACGACAAGUAAUAAGACAUUUUACAGUCUUUACUGGAAAAUUGUUUCCUCAACACACCAGAACGGCAUUACUAACGUCUGACAAUAAAUUAAUCACAUAUAACUUUAAGUGUAUUCAUGUAUUCCUUAUUUGGAAAUUAGCAUUUUACGACAAUUUCGUUUUGUGAAAAAGAAAUCGAAAGUAGUAACUAGCAACCAGACGAGAGAGUCUACACAACUCUUCCUGUCUACCAGCGUUAUUUUGUUUUGUUUACUUGGAAACAUAAAUAACAUACGGAUACACAUGCAAUGCUCAGAGGAAGUGAAUAACUAUCAAAGGGAGAUUCCAGUGCUUUAGGCCCAUCCCCGCAUACACAAGCCUGACUUACAGUACUUCAAUUUUCCAAGUGACAGUUUUAAGAAAUGACUUCAGCCGACAACAACGAGUACUUCAUCAUACUUGCAAAACCACCCUCACCAAAUGGGUACUUAAAUGCUGGUGAAAUAUGCUACAUAUCAAAGGAACGAUAUGAUGCAUUGAAAAAAAGAAAUGACACAAACAUUAUUCCUAUAAUUUGUAUUGGCUCAUCAUUCGAUUCACACCUUAAUGCAAGUCUUCUGCACCCAUUGACUCGCAGGUCAGCAGAAUUACUGCUGGCUCUUGAUAUGAAUGAGGAGCGAUUAAGGGCAGUGGAUGAUCAUGAGGCUUUACAGAAUGCUUUGGAUUUGUCUGAAGGUUGUCAGGUAUAUGUGGAACAUAAAGGGCAGUUUCUCAAAGGUGUGAUUAGAUACAUUGGCAGUAUUCUACAUUCUUGUCCUAUAGCAGGAGUAUUCUUUGGUGUGGAACUGUUGGGUGAAGAUAAAGGGAAAGGCCUGAAUGAGGGCUCCUACCACUACAAAACCUACUUCAGUUGUUCCAAAAACUCAGGGAUUUUUGCCCCUUUUACAAGAGUCAAACCUAUGGAUCCUAAACCUUUAGUUCCCCUGUCCAAGACAUCUACUGAGCCACUCGUGGUUGGAGACCGAGUGACCUUUAUUGAUGAUUGUGAAUAUGUCCACCAUGGCAUGGUUAUGAACAUAAGCGACAAAAAAAUGGUUCUCAUAUCCACUGAUAGGGAUGAAGAUGGGAAGCAGGGGGGAGAGCUAACAGUUCCGUUAGAUUGUGUCAUUAAAGAAGAGCUGUUAAUUAAAGUAGAAAGAAAGUCAUGCGGGUUUGGUUUGGAAUGCCUUGAGGAUGAAUGUGAAAAAAUGGACACUUCUCAGGGCCUAGAGAUGGGGAAUGUUACUGAUUCUGCAGAUAUUACUGUUGGCUCCCUUGUGCAGGUGAUUCUGGGUAAAGGACCUGCUUAUGGAACUGUCCGCUGGAUUGGAUCUCUCCCAGAUUUCCCUGAGAUACGUGCUGGGCUGGAACUGGAGGAUGCCUGUGGAGUGAAUGAUGGAACAUUUAAAAAAAAGCGUUACUUCUCCUGUCUUCCAAAAUGUGGAUUAUUUGUGAAACUGGCAUCCUGUCAACCUGAUGACCGUUUCUCUGGUGCAAAGGAGAAAGUGUUUAAUGGACAUUCUGAUCAUGAUGAGGCAUUAGCAUCUUUGGCACAGGAGAAUGUACCACCUGUUAGAUCAGAAGAUGUGUUAAAUCGAUUGGUUGGCCGGAUGAAGGGAGUUCAGGGUCACUGCAACUCCUGUUAUAUGGACUCUGCCCUGUUCAGUUUGUUUUCCUGUUCAUCAGUCCUGGAUUCUCUGCUUUUUAAGUCCAUACAACGUGCAGACCAUCCAAUUCAAAGCACUCUACUGAAGGACAUCGUCAACCCUCUCCGCAGAGAAGGUUUUGUACCAGAGAGGAGUGUGAUGAAGCUUCGGCAACUACUGCAAAAACGAGGCCACUGCCCCACUUACACCACAGAUGAGAAGGAUCCCGAAGAGUUCCUCUCUCUCAUCAUGCAAGAGGUUCUGUCGCUAGAUCCUCCACUCAAACUGAGGAGCCAGUUUGGUAAUAAAAAAGACCAAGGCAAAGUACAAAGCUGUUACUUCUACCAAAUCUUUAUGGAUUACAACCAUCCAUUGGUCCUGCCAACUGUUCAACAGCUACUGGAACAUUCCUUUCACAGCAACAGUCUCAAACUAUCAGAGGUGCCUGCCUGUUUGAUUCUUACUAUGCCUCGCUCAGGGAAGAGUUUCAAAAUGUUUCCAAAAAUCAUUCCUUCUACAGAACUGGAUAUCACUGGUCUUCUUUCUGAUGGUCCUCAGCAGUGUGUGUUGUGUGGUCAGUUGGCAAAUGAGGAGUGUGCUGAUUGCUUCAGGGAUCAAGUUUUUAGUGAUACCGGGUUCAAAUACUUCUGUAUGAAAUGUUCUGCUCAGGUUCACUCUCAUCAGAAGCGUCGAUGUCACAAACCUAGCAGCCUGCAUCUUCCUCAGGGAUACUCUUACUCACAGAGUUCAGGGUUUGAUACACGCACUCCUCCACGGGAGAAACUAGAGCUGUUUGCUGUGCUGUGCAUAGAGACCAGCCACUAUGUGUCUUUUGUUAAAUAUGGACCACAAGAUACUGACUGGAUCUUCUUUGAUAGUAUGGCUGACAGGAUCGGUGAAAAAGAUGGCUACAAUAUCCCAGAGGUGCAGGCAUGUCCUGAGGUUGGGAAGUACCUACAUAUGCCUCUGGCUCAGCUAGCAAAUCAGGUACCUCGAGAGAUGGAUGGUGUGGCGAAGCGACUCUACUGUGACGGUUACAUGUACCUUUACCAGAGUCAGAGUAUGUCUCUUUAUCGAUGAUUAAAUCAAUGCUCAAGACAGACAUGCACAGAAAAUAAAUAAGAACUCGCUAUCUGAAUAUUAAUGACUAGGUCUGCUUAGACUUGUGAUAAUUAUCAUAAAACUAAAUGCUUCUGCUCAAUGUUUCAGCAUUUAUUCAGUUUCCAAACAUUUAUACUUUCUGUUGGAAUCAGUUUCCAUGGACAAUAAUGCCUGGGUGGGUGGAACAUGCACUUUGAAUAUGCUAAAUCAGGAUAAUGACAUUCCUUAGCUGAUUUAGACUUGAAUAAAAUUAGUUAAAUCCAAAUGCCUUAUAUGUAUAUAGAAAUUGCAAAAAAAAAAAAAAUUGCUUCUCUUUAAAAUGUUUAUUAUCUUACCAGAAUGAAAGGAGGUUUUCUAUUUGUUAUUUUCUUCUAAUGCCAUCACUGAACUGUGAGCAAAUCUACUGUAACUAGCUGCCCUAAUUUUUGUAUGUUGAAAGGGGGCCAGGACAUUUUUGUUACAUUUAAUAAUAUAGUACAUUUAAUCAUGACAGAAUAAAUUGUUGGAAAUAAAAAACAAAAAACACAUUUCUUUAAAACAUUGUGGUUGAUGACUUAAAGGGAUAUUUCACCCAAAAAUGUAAAUCAAUUAUUCACCCUCAUGCCAUCCCAGAUGUGUAUGACGUUUUUUUUUAUUCUGCUGAACACAAACAAAUAUUUUUAGAAGAAUAUCUCAUAUCUGUAGGUCCAUACAAUUCAAGUGAAUGGUGACCAGAACUCCAAAAGCUCCAGAAAGGAGAUAAAGUCAGCAUAAAAGUAAUCCAUUAGACUUAACAUGUUUAAUUAAUGUCUUCUGUAGUGAUCCUGUUGGUUUUGGGGGAAAAUAGACCAAAAAACCUUUUUCAUUGUACAUCUGGCCAUUGCUUUCUCUAGACAUAAUCAUAAUUUCAAGCUCGAUUACAUUUCCUAGCAUUUAACGCAGGCAUAGAGUGAUACAUUGUGCGAUAUGAAGAGUAAUCAAGCUUGAAAUUGUGAUCGUGAAAUCAUGGUUUUGGUCCGUUCUCACUGAAACCAACUGGUUUGCUUCAAAAGACAUUGAUUAAACUAAUGGUGUCUUAUGGAUUACUUUUAUGCUGACUGUAUCUCCUUUUUGGAGAUCUGGUCACCAUUCACUUACAUUGUAUGGACCUACCGAGCUGAGAUAUUCUUCUAAAAAUCGUCAUUUGUGAUUAGCAGAAGAAAGAAAGUCAUACACUUCUGGGCUGGCAUAGGGGGGAGAGAAUUUUCAUUUUUGUGUGAACUAACCCUUUAAAUAUGGCAGAACUAAUUUCCAUUUUUGUUUUGUUUUUGAAAAACAUUCAGUAAUUCUGUAUGUUCUCUCUGUCUCCUGAAAAACAUGAACCACAUGUAAUGCCAGUGUCAUAAAUUAUCUGUCAGAAUGUUUUGAUUUAUUUCACUAGACAUUCAUUAUACAUGUUAUCUCUCUUGAAAAUUGGUUGUUUUUCUAGUGCAUUUAAAUCCAAAUAAAAAGAUUAACCAAAAAAUAAAUAUGCCUUGACAGUGACACUUAUGUGGAACAACAUCCUCUAAUUCCUCCAUUUCUCUCUGCCUCAGUGUGUGCUUGUGUUAGAGCCACAUAGAUCUGAUUGAUCUUAGCUAAUUACAUUCCUCACUUUACACAACAGGGAUACACCUGGAUGAGUCUUUGCUUGUUUCUGUCAUUUACAUGAACCUUUACAUGAAUUGUAGUUGUUUAAACAACAGAAGAGGCAGAAAGUGAUCAAAACAGAGAAUGAUGUCCUUAUAUGUGGGAUAAAGUUGUGCUGUGAUAAAGCUAACACACUUGGGUAUGUGAAUGCCAUAAGGAACAAGCUUCUUGAUGUUCUGAUGUUCACUGUAAACAUGUACAUCAAAUUGAAAUGUUUAUUUUAUUCCCUUAAUUAAAUAAGUUACUUCCAACUUGAUCAUUUUGGAGCUUAAAUCUUUUCUUUCCUGUUUUUAAAGCAGGAUUUCAGGCAUUUGCACACACUCAGGAAAAGUUCCAAAGACUGAAUGUCUGAGAACUGUUGCAUGAACGGAAAUUUUAUAGAAAUGUUUUAAAGAGUAUUAGUCUUCCACCUGCAAAGGGAUAGUUCACCCUAAAAUAAAAUUUCUGUCAUCAAUUACUCACCCUCAUGUCCUUCUAAACCCAUAUGACUUGCUUUCUUCUGUGAAACAAAGUGACUAAAAAAAGCAACAAAUUGUCAUGAACUGAUCCAUAGGACUUCUGCACUGUAUUAAAGGAAUAGUUGAAUAAACAGUUACUUUAAUAAUCUUUAGAGCUGUCAAAAUUAAUGCAAUAUAUGCAAUAUUUUUUACCUUAAUCACACAUUUACCAUUAAUAAAGCAUAAACCAGCAAAAACAGUGGUGAGACUAGAGCGGAACCAUUGCGAUGUGUUCCAGGACCUUUUAAAGCUAUUUGUAUGUACAAAGCAAGACUUGUGACAGAAAGCAAGUACUUUGCAGCCUCUGUAAAGUGCAAUUAAAUUACCACAGAAGCCUCAAGCCUUAACCAUCAUGAAAAUACAGAAUGAAAUGUUGUCUGUGCCACUUUUCAUUUGGAGAUCAAAGUGGCGCUUGGUGCUGGCAUUGACGCCUUGAUUGCUGUAGCAAAGUAAAUAGCCACAGUCUGCCAGCUGAUUAAUAUUGUGGAGAAUGAGAGUUUACAAGAUUUAUGGAGGGGAUUUGUUAUUUCAAUUCGUGAAACUUCCACUUAGGCUUUGAGAAACUUUCAGUGUUACUUGAAUUGAUGCUAUUUGAGUGCAUUUCUAUGUUUAUACUGUGAAAGAUUUUGUUUAGAAACU